AUGGCGGCCAUUUCCCCGAGUUCUUCGCCAUCCAUUCACUGCUUGAGAUCGGCAUGUCCCGAUUCUUCUCUCGGUCUCGUGUCAUCGACGCGGGUAUCGUUCCCGGCGAAGAUUUCUUAUUUGUCCGCUAAAUCUUCGAAUCGUGGUGAUGAAAUGGGGAAGAGAAUUGAGGGAGUCGUUAGAAGCGUCGACGGGAAGAUCUCUGACGCAGCUUUCUCCGAAUCUUCAUCUGCAACUCCAAAAUUGAAGGUGAGGAAGCACACAAUUUCAGUAUUUGUUGGAGAUGAAAGCGGAAUGAUUAACAGGAUUGCAGGAGUCUUUGCGAGGAGAGGAUACAAUAUCGAGAGUCUGGCCGUUGGUCUGAACAGAGACAAGGCUCUAUUCACCAUAGUUGUCUGUGGAACUGAAAGGGUGCUUCAGCAGGUCAUCGAGCAACUCCAGAAGCUCGUUAAUGUUCUAAAGGUUGAAGAUAUCUCAAGCGAGCCUCAAGUGGAGCGUGAACUGAUGCUUGUUAAAGUAAAUGCACAUCCAGAAUCCAGGGCAGAGAUCAUGUGGCUAGUUGACACAUUCAGAGCAAAAAUUGUAGAUAUUGCGGAACAUGCAUUGACUAUUGAGGUAACUGGAGAUCCUGGAAAAAUGAUUGCUGUUGAAAGAAAUUUGAGAAAGUUUCAGAUCAGAGAGAUUGUCAGGACAGGAAAGAUAGCACUGAGAAGGGAAAAGAUGGGUGCAACUGCUCCAUUUUGGCGAUUUUCAGCAGCAUCCUAUCCAGAUCUCAAGGAGCAAGCACCUGUUAGUGUUCUUGGAGGUAGCAAAAAAGAAGCCACAGUCCCUCAAAUUGAAACUACAGCAGGGGGAGAUGUUUAUCCCGUUGAGCCACCUUCUGACCACAUGGUACAUCGUGUUCUUGACGCUCACUGGGGACUUCUCACAGACGAAGAUACGAGUGGACUACGGUCACAUACUCUAUCUUUACUUGUAAAUGAUGCGCCUGGAGUCCUGAAUAUUGUAACUGGUGUUUUCGCUCGAAGGGGAUACAAUAUUCAGAGCUUGGCUGUAGGGCAUGCUGAAACCGAGGGUAUUUCACGCAUUACAACAGUUGUUCCUGCAACAGAUGAAUCAGUCAGCAAAUUGGUGCAGCAACUAUAUAAACUCGUAGAUGUGCAUGAGGUCCAUGAUCUUACUCAUUUUCCAUUUGCUGAAAGAGAACUGAUGCUGAUUAAGAUUGCCGUAAACUCUGCUGCGAGAAGAGAUGUCCUGGACGUUGCUAGUAUUUUCAGGGCAAUAGCUGUUGACGUAUCGGAUCACACAAUCACUUUGCAGCUUACUGGGGAUCUAGACAAGAUGGUUGCACUGCAAAGGUUGUUGGAGCCCUACGGUAUAUGCGAGGUUGCAAGAACCGGGCGUGUCGCAUUGGCUCGUGAAUCAGGAGUGGACUCCAAGUAUCUUCGCGGAUACUCCUUUCCCUUGACAGGUUAA